CAAAUAUUUGACUCAAAUAUCAAAUAGAAAUUCAUUGCGAAUGGGUUUGAGCUCACAGCUCCUAUUAGCUAGCAUAGUAGGUCGCAUUUAAACUUAAGGUGUUAUUAGUUAGUACCACAAAUGUAUGUUAAUGCUAUCGUCGUUAAUGUAUGUUAAACUCAAACAAAUGUAUCACAUUGACCAAUGCAAAUGUUACUAUACAGUACACAUAAAUGAUACAUGCAGAUAUAUAAAAAUGGGGAAUUAUAAAUAGACGAAGGAGGAAGAGAAAAUAGUUAAUUAGGAAUAAUAGAGACAAAAAGUUUGUAAAUAAUAAUAGUGUGUACGAUCUUCUUUGAUUGAUUAGAGUAAAAAGGCUACCGAUCCAAUGCUCUGUCACUCUGUCAUAGUGUCAUAUAUCAUCAUACUUUCUGCGAAAAGCUUCCAUGUCGAUCUCUAGCUAUUAUGCAUCAUAUAUAUAUUGUUUAUUUCAAAGUUUGUCAUAUAUUAACAACCCUUUCUCAAAAAAAAAAAAGUUUGCCAUAUAUUUUGAUGUACACUCUUCACUGUCAGUACACUAGUCUAUUUUUGUUGUUGUCUACGAGUUAUAUCGAAACUCAUUAAUAUUUUUUGUUAAAACUAUAACGAUGACAACUCAUUAGACAUGCUUGCAACUGCACAAUUUAUAAAAAUGUAUGUUUCAUGAUUAACUUUUUUUUAUAAGAUUGUCUGAUGAAAAAAUAAACUGAAAAUAUACUACAUUAAUGAAACUGAAUUGUAUUUUCGAUUGCAAAUCUCUAAAAACGAGUGUAGGUCUUAUAUAUGCAGUAUAUUAGUGGUUGUUAUUAGAAAAUGACAUUUAUAACGUUACUAAAAGAAUUUGGCAAGAAUAUGCACCAUUUGGUGAGGUUGCGGUUGAUCACACACUGAAUUCUGAUCUUAUGGCACCAACGGCUCUGGUUUUACUUGUCGAGUUUUCACCUUGGGCGACUUUAGUGUGGUUUACGAAUAGCUUUGUAAUCUUGUUUUUUAGUGAUAGAAUUAUGUGGUUUAUGAGACGUUAUAUUCCGAGUUUUGGGAAGUACUUGUUUUUGCAAUGGUGAAAAAUACAAUAAUGUAUUUUAGGUUGUGUUAAAUCCGUAUGAGAAAUCAUCUAGUGAGUGUUCUAGGUUGUUGCUAAGAGGCAUUGUUGUAUAUAUGAUAAAAAUGAUGUGAUCAAAAAUUUUAUACCAAUUUAUCGAUAAAUGAAAUAGUCGAUAUUUGAAUUAAGAAAAGAAAAUUUUUUUGGCAAGAAUAAAAACAGUUUGGGUUGGAAAAAAAAAGAUGGACUGAUGUUGGUUAUGUAUACGCAUUCUCCCCGUUGCCUUUACGUUCGACAAGCUACAAAGCCCACGAGCCCCUCUCAAAAUUAAUCUAUUUUCACUUUUUUAAAUAAAACUAUAAAUAUAUGUAUGUGGAUUUCAAAAUUUUCCCGAUCUUAAUUACUUUCGUCACAGAAAUAUGUAUUAUUUCCCGCAAUAAUUUGUGUACUUUCCAAUAAUAUUACAUCUUCGAUGUAAACCUGUAAAAUAAUUCGAUUAUUAGUAGAGGAUUAAUUUAUUUAAUUUAAUAAAAAAAAGAUUUAACUGUUUUUUGCUAGUGACUAUAAGUUAACGAAAGUCCGAAACUUGCAAAAUCUUCUAUCUGCUGGAUCGAGAAGAGUGUUUAAACUUUGGAGCUCUCUCUUUAAGUCUCUCGCAUUCGAUUCGAAUCCCACCUUUGAUUUUGUUCCCGUUAGCUGCCGAAGCUUGUCUCCGUCGGUGAGUUUUGCAAUGGAGAAAGUUGCUUCUCUCCGGUAAGCACUCUACUUCCCUUAACCGGAUUGGUUUACUCUCUCCCAGUGUCGUCCGUUGCAUUCUACUGCGCUCAAUUGAACCCAAUCGAUAAGCUUUAGGGUUUCGCUUGUGGAACGGUGCCAAAGUAAAGAACUUUGUGUGAAUUGAGCUGCUUUUUCCCUCGAGAAAUGGUUCUACAUGUUAUGUUGGGUGAACUUGUAAGUUUGAAUAUGAGCAAUGGAGUUGGGGAAGGUGGAAGAAGUCAGAGCAGAGAAUCACACGGCAAGAGAAGAGAGCUUUUUCAAAGCAAUGAUUUCGCGUACGCCUUAGCGAGAAUGGCUGUGGCUCAGAUUUGCGAGAAUGUAGAGGUUAAUGUGUCUCAGAAGGGGGUUAGGUUUAGUUCUUUUCAAGAAUCUGCUCUUGAUACGCUAACCUGCGUAGCGGUUCAGUAUAUCCAGAGCAUUGGGAAGUCUGCUCAGGUUUAUGCUAACGUGGCCGGUAGAGUAGAGGGUAAUUCUCUGGACAUUGUUCAGGCAUUAGAGGAUUUGGGAUCUGGUUCUGGUGUUUCAGACGGUGAGUGUUGUCUUGGUGAUUUUGGUAUAGUCAAGGAUGUUAUUCGUUAUACAGGAGAAGAGGAGGAGGUGCCGUUUGUUUAUGAUCUUCCCCGUUUCCCGAUUAAUAAAGAGAAAAGAGGUGCUCCUAGUUUCUCUGAGGUUGGAGCAGAACCUCCAUAUGAACACAUCCCUGUUUGGCUUCCUGCAUUUCCCGAAACUAAUGUAGGCACAAUCGAAGGAAAUGGGCCAUCUUUACCGAGUAUACAGCAUUCUUUCAAUGGUGGUGGGUUAGAAGUACUCAAAUCUCCAAAGAGUGCUCGAAAUUCAACACAAGGAGAAGAAGAAAUGGAAGGUAAUCCGUUUCUUGCCGCACCUCUUCGGUUUGUAGAGAAUGAAGUGUCACCUGUGGUCCGCCUUCUGGAGCUUUCAAAUGAAGUUGUUGGCAUCAAUCACGUUUCUGAUAAGCAUACAAGCAACAACAACAGUCACAUCCCAGUUCUUGAGACAUCUACUCCAUGUGAUGAUAUCAACAACAAGAACAAAUUAUCUGAAUCAGAGGAUGGAAAGAAGAAAGGUGGUGCAAGACCACAGCAAACUUUGUUGUGUUUCAAGAUUGGGACUUUAAAGAGACCUUCGUGUUUGGCAAUAAAGGGGAGCGUCCAGGGACGUCGGUGGUUUCAAGAAGGUGAAGUCAAGAGGGAGAAGAAGUCAGAAACCGAAGAAAAUGGUGAAAGAUUUGACUUGGCAAAUCUCGGCCCAGAUGUUGUUAUAUAGGUAUUGUCAGAUGCUUUUAGCAUCCUGAGAAUAAAAAGAUGAUUGCUUGGCCUUUAACUUAGUUUAUUAUGAUUAACCAAUUCAUAUGCUCUAGCA